AUGGCAGCGCGGAAUGCUUGCAUGGUGGCAUGGCUCUUCCUCGCCAUGACGAUGGUCUCGUCCUUGAUGGUGGUCGUGCCGGGCCGGUCGAAGGAGUGCUUCAUCGAGUACGUCAAGACGAAGCGCACGGCCUUCCUGCGCAUCGCGGUGGUCGAGAGCCAGGAUCUGUACGACAUUCGGCUCACGGCGUAUGGCCCGUUCGCGACGCCGCCAACCGAAGAGCAGGCGGACAUGAACUUCUUCAAUUCGCUCGUGACGACGACGCCGCCCAACGAGAACUCGAACGACGUCCAGCACAACGGGUUCAACUUUGACACGGAGCACCGCGGUGGGUGGUACAA